AUGACUUUUAUGAGUAUUAAUGAGCAUGAUGAUCGUGAACGAUUGUUCAUGAAGAUCUUCACUUCUGUGCAAGAUGUUGGAUAUAAAAAAAAACCAAACAAAAAUAAUAAUAAUAUGACACACAACACUACAACACCUUUAUUAUUAGUAUUUAAAUCAAGGUAUUUGACAAAACUGAUAUUCAAACAUAUUGAAGAGAUUCAUAAACAACAAGAAGAAGAAGAAGUAAAAGAUGGUACCGGUAGUAUCAUCAAUCGAGCAUUAAAAGGUAGAGAGAUCAUCAAACGUGGUGUUCUAUCAAUGAUAUCAAUCUAUGCAAUGCCAUGGAACUUUAUCAAACAUUAUUUAAAGGUAUCUUUGUCAUCUGAUGAUGAUGAUGACACAAAGAUAUUCAGUCAAGUUAAAUUAAAUAUUAUCACAAUGUAUUGUGGUCAUCGUAAUGCAACUUUGGAUACUCUUAUACAUUUGAUUGAUGAUUGGGCACCCGAUUUCGAUCCUCAAGAAACACAUUCACAUUUGGCUUCAUAUAUUGCUGAAGUUGGUCAUGUCGAUCUAUUAGAGUAUCUUAUCAAUAGGUAUCCAAAUAUCAACCUUGAUUCAGCUGGUGAUAUUGCCGCUGAAUUUGGUCAUUUAUCAAUAUUAAAGUUAUUGGAUAAUCUACCAAAACAACAACAACAACAACAACAACAACAACAACAACAACAAAUGCUCUGCAAUAUUACAAGAUAUCUCUCUAAAAAUGCAAUGUAUAGAGCUGUUUCAAAUGGUCAUUUGGAAAUUGUAAAGGUACUUUUUCUUCAUUUAAAUCAAACUCAAAGUGAGAUCCUCCAGUGUACGACUUUUGCAAUGGAUAGAGCUGCUCAAGGUGGUUUCUUUGAGAUUGUCAAAUUUCUACAUUUUAAUCGUACAGAGGGUUGUUCAGAGAGUGCUAUGAAUUCUGCCGCACAGAUUGGCGAUAUUGAAAUGUUAAAGUUUCUACAUUUAAAUAGAACGGAGGGAUGCACAACUGAUGCUAUGGAUCAAGCAUCAAAGAACGGAUUCAUUGAUAUUGUUAUAUUUCUUCAUGAAAAUAGAACAGAAGGUUGCACGGUGGAUGCUAUGGAUAAUUCAAAUAGUUUGGAAAUCAUUCAAUACCUUCAUAAUCAUCGCACAGAAGGAUGCACAAAAGCAGCCAUGGCAAGAGCCGCAGAAAACGGAAAAUUAAAUAUAGUCCAAUGGUUACACUAUAAUAGAACAGAUUCUGGAUGUUCAAGAGAUGCUAUUGGAAAUGCAGCAAAGAAUGGUCAUAUUGAUAUGGUUAAGUUUCUAUUUAAUAAUAGGACAGAAGGAUGGGAUAAUAAUGCAACUGAUCGUGCAAUCAAUUCAAAUGGUAGCAUGGAGAUGAUUACAUUUAUUCAUGAAAAUCUUUAUACUGGGUGUUCUUCAGAUGGAGUAAAUGCUGCCGUCAUUAAUGAUAGAUUAGAUAUAAUCGAAUAUUUACAUUAUCAUUACCCACAAUCUAAUAUUUGGUCAGUUAAUACAAUGGAUUUAGCUGCGAGAUAUGGCCAUCUAAAUAUUGUCAAAUUUUUAAAAGUAAAUAGAUCAGAAGGAUGUUCAAAUAUGGGAUUAGAGUAUGCGUGUGACAAGGGACACUUUCAAAUUGUUAGAUAUCUUUCUGACAAUAUACCAAAUAUUAGGAUAUCACGUGAUGCUAUGGAUAAUGCCGCGCGUAAUGGGCAUAUUGAUAUUGUUCGAUUUUUACAAUAUAGUAGAACAGAAGGAUGUACACCAUUGGUUGCUAUUAAUGGUGCAGCUCAAAGGGGGCAUUUACAAGUAGUAGAGUUUUUACACAAGAUUCGUAAUGAAAAGUGUUCGUCAGAAGCUCUCCUCGCUCACCAUUUAUGUAAAUCCAAUAAUUAUACAGAUGUGUUUAGAUAUUUGGUUACGAAUCGUAUGGUAUCAAAAAUGCAAAUAUUAGAUCAUCUUGCAAAAUACUCUUGGUUUUGUUAUGAAGUACUUGAUCUUGCCAAUCAAUAUUUAAAUUCAUCAAUAUAA